AUGGACGCGUUUGUGACGCGAAAGAGGAAGCGGGAUGAGCGGGUGGUGAAGCCUGCGGUUGCGACUACGCGUGUAGAGCCGGGCGAAGAGGAGGGGAAAGAGGAGGAAUGUACGGAUUUCAAACUGGCGGUACUGGCAUCUUUACAUGCUGGCGUUGAGGAGACGGCUCUUCUUGAAGCCCUACUCGCGGCAGACGGAUCAGUCGAGCAGGCAUUAGAGUACCUGGCACAGUCAUCGAGGUCGCCCAUGAGAAAGCGGCCUGCACCAGCUACGGUCGGAUAUCAAUCGUCCUUGACCUCGUACCGGAUUGCCCCGCCCAACGGCGCAUUGGUGAACAAGUCUGUAGUGAAGAAAGGCAAGACGCUGUUUCUGUAUAGCCCGGAAGACAUUGAAACACAUACACCCUGUUCCAUCAUCCACAACUUUCUCCCCGCCAAACAAGCCGAUGCACUACUCUUGGAGUUACUAGAGGAAUCUUCGACGUACCAACGGUUUGAAUUCAAGCUCUUCGACAGGGUAGUCCAGAGUCCACACACAUAUGCCUUUUAUGUCAACAGUCUCGAAGAAGUCGAGAGACAAAAGACGGAAUACGUCUACGACGGGCGCCAGAUGAAUAACGUCCGCCAAAGCCCCCCCUCCCUCCUCGCCGCCCUCCCCGCCGUCCAAACAGCCGUAAACACAGAAAUCCAACGCCGAAUCCGCACCUUCUACCCCAACGCGCAAAAACUGGCCCACCAGUCCCCUCAGCCCUGGCACCCCAACACCGCCUUUGUAAACUGCUACGACGGCCCGCAUCAAAGCGUAGGCUACCACGCCGAUCAACUCACCUACCUCGGUCCGCGCCCCGUAAUCGGGAGUUUGAGCUUGGGGGUAGCCCGAGAGUUUCGUGUCCGGAGAAUCGUUGCGCAGGACGACGAUGCGAGGGCAGAUGGUAGUAGAGAAUCCACGGCCGACGCCCAGGGCCAAAUUAGUAUCCACCUCCCGCAUAAUUCUUUAUUGGUUAUGCAUGCCGAGAUGCAGGAGGAGUGGAAGCACAGUAUCGCGCCUGCUCAUGCUAUCGAUCCGCAUCCGCUGGCGGGCAAUAAGAGGAUUAAUGUGACGUAUCGCUGGUAUAGGGAGAGUUUGCAUCCAAAGUUCACGCCGAGGUGUCGAUGUGGGGUGCCGACGGUGCUGAGGUGCGCGAUGAGGAAGAAGGAGUCGAGAGGGCGGUAUAUGUGGAUGUGUCAUGUGGGGUUUGUGCCAGGGAAGGAGGGAUGUGGGUUUUUUGUGUGGGCCGAGUUUGAUGCGGAUGGGGAACCACCGUGGGCUGCUGGCAAGGUGAAGAAGGAUGAGGAGCAGCGGUCGGUUGGUUCUGUUUGA